CACCCGCGAACCAACAACAGCUGUUGCAGCCCUGAUCAGCCAAACUCACCGACAUUCUUUUGCUCUCCUAGAUACGAAUUCAGCAGGCUCUCAUCAUUUCAAUGGCCGGUCUCGACAGCGCCUGGAAGCCCAAGGCGGGCUUUAACGCGUACGAUUCAUCUUCCAACUUCAAUUUGCGCUUAAUAUCCCACCGCGUCCGAUCCUGGCUUAACGGAGCCCUUUGGCGACGCAUUGUUGUGCUAGUUCUUGUGCUUUACGCGAUCUUGUCGCUCUUUUCACCACUCCAGGUCGUGCCGCGAUUUUCCAAGGCGAAGGUCGUUAUUAUCUUGGCCUCGAACCAGGGUGGGGGAGUUUUCAACCCAAAGGGGGCCGGUGAAUGGGCGAUCGAGAGGGAUAGUAUUGCGAACAAGAGGGCUUAUGCGAAGAAGUGGGGUUAUGAGUUGGCUGUUAAGGAUCUUUCGCAGAAGAAGCGUUAUGCUCACGAAUGGCGAGAAUCUUGGGAGAAAGCGGAUAUUAUCAGGGAAACUAUGCGCCAAUACCCGAAGGCUGAGUGGUUCUGGUGGCUUGAUCUCCACACCUACAUCAUGGAGCCCACCAAGUCGAUUGAACAGCAUAUCCUGAACAAGGGCAUCAGCCAGCACCUCUACCGCAACAUCUCCACUUUCAACCCACUUGGUCUGCCCGUGGACAUUCCGAACGUUGACAACUCUCAUCCUGUCGACCUCAUCCUCUCCCAAGACUGCGGUGGCUUCAACCUCGGUUCUUUCUUCAUCCGUCGCAGCGCCUGGAGUGAACGUCUCCUCGACGUUUGGUGGGAUCCAGUCUUCUACGAGCAGAAGCACAUGGAGUGGGACCACAAGGAGCAGGACGCAUUGGAGUACAUGUACACCAACCAGGCGUGGUUGAGAAGCGGUGUCGGAUUCAUUCCGCAAAGAAUGCUCAACUCUUUCCCGCCCGGUGCGUGUUCGGAGCAGGCUGAUGACCCGAGGUACUUUUACAGCGAGCAAGAUCGUGAUUUCGUGGUGAACAUGGCAGGAUGUGAAUGGGGACGUGAUUGUGCUAGUGAGAUGAUGCAUUACAAGAGAAUUUCCGAGAAGUUGAAUUCUGGAAGGUGGAGGAACUAG